AUGGCGUGCAAACAGCAAUAUUCGAUUGAAGACCGCAUUUUUCUCGUGAAAACUUAUUAUAAAGUAGGUGAAAACAUCACAGAAUUGCUUCGCAAGUGGUCCAUAGCAUUGAAGAACCGGCCAAAACCAUCUCGGAGUACAAUCAUCAAUUUAAUACACAAAUUUGAAGAAACUGGUUCUGUCCUUGAUGCCUAUAAGGGAAAUGUUGGGCCAAAAGUUACUGCAAGGACAGAAGAAACUAUCGAGAGAGCCCGAGCCAUAAUCGACGAGAGUCCAUCAACAUCCUGCCGUCAAUUAGCCAGCCAGCUCGAAGUGAGCAGAGAGACUGCAAGAAAAAUCAUGAAAAAGGACUUGUCUUUGUUUCCAUACAAAAUCCAGACAAUGCAGCACCUCAACGAAGCUUCAAUAACUCAAAGACUGGACUUCGCCAACACAUUCAUUGACCAAUAUGAUAAUGGCCAGAUCGAUCCCAACUUUAUUUGGUUCAGUGACGAGGCCCAUUUCUGGCUGGAUGGCUAUGUCAAUCGCCAGAAUUACCGUUUUUGGGGCUCAGAGAAACCACAAUUCUCAAUAACAAAAUCUCUUCACCCUCAAAAAGUCACAGUUUGGGCUGCCUUAUGUGGUCAAAUGAUUCUCGGUCCAUUUUUUAUUAAAGGAACUGUGACUACAGCUCGAUACAAAGCUCUUCUUCAAGAGGAAUUUGUCCCGAAGAUUCAAGAAUUAGCCUUAGGCUACCCAAAUCACUAUCCCGACAGCAUGCACUGGCCUCCAUACUCCCCGGACUUGAGUCCGCUUGAUUUUUUUCUUUGGGGCUACAUUAAAGAUAAGGUCUAUUACGAGGCCCCAAAAACAACUGAUGACCUCAAAACAGCCAUUGUUAACGCUUUUGAUAGCCUCCAUAGUGAUAUUUUGCCGAAGGUCAUCGAUAACUUUAUCAUGCGUCUUCGUCAUGUCAUCGCCUCCGAAGGCAGUCACUUCGAAAACCUCAUCAAUUGA